ACAAAUAACAAAGACAAAGGGAGAAUUAUCAAACAGCGUAAGAAUCAUUGGUCUAAAAUAUCAACACCCUUCAAUCUCUUCCCCCAGAAAGAAAAAAUGGAAGGCCUGGUUCUGUUCAGUGUCGCAGAACUCAUUCAGUACAAGCUAGAUAGAAGGACUUCUAGACGAAGUACUCUUCCUGGCAAACGGAGCAGAUACCGAGCUCCAGAAGCUUGAAACCACUUUGUCGUCAAUCAAACUAGUCCUAUUGGACGCAGAGGAGAACCAGUCAAUGAACGACGAGCUUCCCAAAUGGCUCGCCCGAGUCAAGGAUGCUUUCGCCGACGCCGAUGAUCUUCUGGAUGAGGUCAAAUUUAAAGCUCUCAAGAACCAGGUUAGGGGAAAGGUACGGAACUAUCUUACGAGCCAUAGUUCAAUUACUUUCCGCCUUUCAGUUGUUAGAAGGAUCAAGGAAAUGAGAGACAGGUUACAUUCAAUUGAUGGUCUGAAAAACAAUUUUAGGCUUUCUGAGAGGUCUUCGGAUCCGCGCAAUGUGCGUAUACAGAGGGAGACGAGCCAUUCUUUUGUUCGUAGAGUCGAUGUGAUAGGAAGAAGAAGGGAUGAAGAAGCCAUUGUUGAGAGGUUGAAUGAUGCUAGCGAAAAUGUUUCUGUAAUUCCCAUUGUGGGAAUUGGGGGCUUGGGGAAGACAACAUUGGCAAGCUUAGUGUACAAUAAUGAGCCGGUUGAUAGGCAUUUUGAGCUGAAGAUGUGGGUCGGUGUUUCUCAGGAUUUUGAUAUGAAUGUGCUGAUGAGAAAGAUCAUUGCAUCUGCAACGACUUCGCCCUGUGCUGAGCUAGACAGUGAUCACUUGCAGCAUAGGCUUCGGGGUUGUUUGGCCGAUAAGAAAUUUUUACUCGUCUUGGAUGAUAUGUGGGACAUCGACCUUGUAAAAUGAAGGGAACUGAAAUCUCUCCUCAUGGGUGGUCGCAGAGGAAGCAAAGUCAUUGUCACCACUAGGUCUAAUGCAGUUGUUUCCAUUGUGGGCAGCGAUCAUCAUUAUAAACUUGAUGGACUUGCUUCGAGAGAGUGCUUCUCUUUGAUUCUGAAAUGGGCUUUUCCAGAAGGAGAAGAUCAGAGUAGGCAUCAGAACCUCCUCGACAUCGGAGAGCAAAUUGCAGUGAGAUGUAAGGGCGUUCCAUUAGC